AGGAUUUGCAGCGCGUUUCUUAAUUCGCAUGUGUUGUGAGGAUUUGCAGCGCGUUUCUUAAUUCGCAUGUGUCGUGAGGAUUUGCAGUGCGUUUCUUAAUUCGCAUGUGUUGUGAGGAUUUGCAGCGUUUCUUAAUUCGCAUGUGUUGUGAGGAUUUGCAACACUUGUGUUGUCAAACUGAUGAUGUUUUUUUCAUUUGCUGGUGUUUUUUCAAUUUGCAUGUGUUUUCUUAAGUUGCAGUGCGUUGAGCUCUCUCGGCCACCGUACUUUUGCCCCUCUCGGAUGUUACGUAUCACAAGAGGAGCUUUAAUUGUGCUUGAGGGAGUAGACAGAGCCGGGAAAACUACUCAAUGUCAAAAACUCGUGCAUGCGUUACAGCAGAGCGGACGAGCGGCAGAAAUGAUGCGAUUUCCAGACAGAACCACUAAAAUCGGUCAGCUGAUCAGUUCAUACCUGGAGAAGAAGAGUAAUCUGGAGGAUCAUACUGUUCACCUGCUGUUUUCUGCAAACCGAUGGGAAAUGGUGCCUCUGAUGAAACAGAAGUUGGAACAAGGGAUCAAUCUCGUGGUGGACCGCUAUGCGUUUUCUGGAGUUGCUUUCACUAGUGCCAAGCCUGGCUUCUCUCUGGAGUGGUGCAUGAAUCCAGAUAUUGGACUUCCAAAACCAGACCUGGUGAUGUUUUUGCAGCUCAAUCCCAAUAUGGCAGCAGACCGUGGAGAAUAUGGAAUCGAACGGUAUGAAACCAGCGCCUUCCAACGGACAGUGCAUCAAAGAUUUGAAGAGCUCAUGCAAGAUUCCUCAGUCAACUGGAAGGUAAUUGAUGCUGCACGGACCAUUGAAGAGGUGCACAAAGAUAUUAAGCUUUUAAGUGAAUGCAUCAUCAGUUUAGCCGAGAAUCAGCCAGUUGGAGAGCUGUGGAGGUGAACUGAUCACCUGAAACUUUAAAAAAAAAAAUCAAUUUUAAAUGUUUUUUUUUUCUGUCACUAUGUGGAAUAGUACAGAAUCAUUGUUUUAAUUUUUUAAUGAUUUGAAUAAAUAAAUAUUCAUAAAAUAAACUUGUGUACAGAGAUUUGAAACAUCAAGACAAAACCAUUCUUGUAUAAUUACACAAGCCCAUCCUACCCAAUCUGCAAAUGCCCAACCUUCCUUGGUUGUCAUUUACAAUUUCAUACAGGUCCAAAAUUUCACCAACUUUUAUGGGUUGAGAGUAAAUGCUAAAUCAAAUCUGAUUAGCAGGUCUCCAGACCAAAACCAUAAAAUGUGUUAUGGCAAACCUGUGUUUUAAGUUAAGGGGGUAAAAAGGCACCAUAUCACUUUAAAAUUAAUCUAUAGUGUUAAGACUCAAUAUGGAUACACAUAAA